AUGGCUUUUAAACUCCUUACAAACAUAGAGAAGGAGGUGACCUGCCCCAUCUGCCUGGACCUCCUGAAGGAACCCUUGAGCCUGGACUGUGGCCACAGCUUCUGCAAAGCCUGCAUCACUGCAGAGAACAAGGAGUCUGUGACAAGCCAAGGAAGGAAGAGCAGCAAUUGCCCUGUGUGCCAAAUCACUUUCUGCUCUGUGGAACUGCGGCCUAACUGGCAUGUGGCCAACAUAGUGGAGAGGCUCCAAGAGGUCAAGGUGAGAUCUGAAGAGGAGCAGAAGAGAAAUCUCUGUGAGCGCCAUGAAGAGAAGCUUGUGCUCUUCUGUAAGAAGGAUGGGAAGGUCAUUUGCUGGGUUUGUGAGCGGUCUCAGGAGCACCGUGGUCACCAAACGGUCCCCAUGGAGGAGGUUGUACAGGAGUACCAGGAGAAGCUCCAGACAGCUCUGCAGAAGCUGAGGGAGAAGCAGCAGGAAGAAAAGAUGUUGGAAGCUAUCCUCAAAGAAGAGAGAACUUCCCUGAAGAAUCAAAUACGAAGUGAGAAAAGGUGUGUCCAAGCACAGUUUAAAAAACUCAAGACUAUCCUGGAGAAUGAGGAGCUGAGGAUGGUGCAGCAGCUGGAGAGCGAGGAGAAAGCUAUUUUUGACACCCUGGCUGCAACGGAGGUUGAGCUGGUCCAGCAGAGCCAGCUGAUGAGAGACCUGGUCUCGGAACUGGAGCAUCGGCUGCAGGGGUCGACAGUAGACAUGCUGCAGGAUGUGAAUCACAUCAUAGAAAGGAGUAAGAACUUGAGUCUGAAGAAACAAACCAUGUUUCUCAAGGAAAAAAGGCAAGUGUCCCGAAUUGCUGAUCUGGAAGUGAUAACAGAAGCAUUUAGAGAUUUUCAGUUUCGUUUCUACCCAGUUCCUCUAGGGAAAUUCCCUUGUGAAGACCAGUUUUCUGGCUUGGUGUCUCUGGGGAAUGAAUUUGAGGGCAUGGGAAUGCUCUGUGUGGGACAGGUGUGUUUAGAGGAGUCUGUGAGCAAGAACAGCCUCAGUUGUCAGGACAGAAGAAGCCGGGGGAGCGCUGCAAUGGAUUUUCCAGCGCAGGUGAACAUACAGAAGGAUGUGACCUGCCCCAUCUGCCUGGAUCUUCUGACAACGCCCCUGAGCCUGGACUGUGGCCACAGCUUCUGCCAAGCUUGCAUCACUGCAAAAAGCAAGGAGUCAGGGGCCAACCAAAGAGGGGAAAAGAACUGCCCAGUGUGCCAGCGUAAAUACCAGUUUUGGAAUCUCCGACCUAAUCAGCCCCUGGCCAACAUAGUGAAGAAAGUCAGGGAGAACAUGAGCCCACAGCAGAAAAAUCUCUGUAAGCACCAUGGAGAAAAACUCCUGAUCUUCUGUAAGGAGGAUGGGAAGGCCAUUUGCCAGCACUGUGCCCAGUCUGUGGAGCACCGUGGUCAUCAGAUAUUCUUCAUGGAAAAGGUGGUCAUGGAAUGUCAGGAAAAGCUCCAGGCAGCUCUGAAGAAGCUGAGGAAGGAGCAGCUGAAAAUGGAGGAGUUGGAAGCUGACAUCAGGGAGGAGAAAGCUUCCUGGAAGAAUCAUAUGCAGACUGAGAGACAGAGGAUUCUGAAAGGGUUUAAUGAAAUAAGAGGCACCCUGGACAGCGAGGAGAAGAGUGUGUUGCAAAAGCUGGAGGAAGACGAAGUGAAUGUGCUGGAUAACUUGGUAGUGGCCAAAGACCAGCUGGCCCGGCAGAAGCAGUGCUUGAGAGAGCUCAUCUCAGAUGUCCAGCAUCAGAUAUGGGGGUCGUCAGCAGACAAAGUCAGAAGUGUGGGGUGAUCAAUUUUUGUCUUCUCUAGGAGUGAGAGCUGGACCUUCAAGAAGCCAAACACUGUUUCCAAGAAACUGAAGAGUACAUACUUAAUUCCAGAUUUGAGUGGGAUGCUGCAAGUGUUUAAAGAGCUGACAGAGGUCCGACGCUACUGGGUGGACGUGAUGCUGAAGCCAGUCAAUGCUAUUUCGAAUAUUGCCCUUUCUGCUGAUAAAAGACAAGUGAAAGCUGUGCACAACUUCUCGCUUAAAAAUAUAUUUCUAAGCGAUUUCUCUGCUUUUGAUGUCUUGGGCUGCCAAUAUUUCUCCUCAGGGAAGUAUUACUGGGAAGUAGAUGUGUCUGAGAAGAUUGCCUGGAUCCUCGGGGUGUAUAGUAAAGCAAGAAACCUCAAGAGAAAAGGGAGCUCUGGGUUUGUUUUUGAUCCAAAUGUAAAACAUUCAGAUGUUUACUCCAGAUACACACCUCAAUUUGGCUACUGGGUUAUUGGGUUACAGAAUGGAUCUGAGUAUAAAGCCUUUGAGGAGUCUUCCACCUCUGAUUCCAAGGUCUUGACUCUUUUCAUGCCUGUUCCUCCUUGUCGUGUUGGGGUUUUCCUAGACUAUGAAGCCCGUAUUGUCUCAUUUUUCAAUGUCACAAACCAGGGGUCACUCAUCUACAAGUUUUCUAAUUGUCAGUUUUCUCAGACUACUUACCCAUAUUUCAAUCCUUGGAACUGUCAACACCCAAUCACCCUGUGCACACCGACUUCCUGAACCUUCUUAGUCCCCUCUUACUUCUGUGUAGCACCCCUUGUCCUUGGGUUCAUCUACACCUGAGCUCAUCCGCACCAUUCUGAACACAUCUUCUUUCUUUUCUCCAUCUUUCAUUUUAGAAUGUUUUUGGAGUAGUCUGCUAGGACUGCUGUAACAAAGUCCCCCCAAACAAAGGCUAACAACAGAAAUUUCUUGUCUCACAAUUCUGGAGGCUGAAGUCUGAGACCAAGGUGUCAGCAGAGUUUGUUUGUUUUCUGAAGGCUGUGAGGGAAGGGUCUAUUCCUUGCCUUGCAGAUGGCUGUCUUCU